CAGCAGCGGCAGAUGCUGAGUAACCCCAUAGGCGACCCCAAGCAGCAGCUGCUGCUCAGGGCGCUUGCUGCUGCCGCCACCACAGGCUCGGGUGUUCCGCCUGCUGCUUUGGUGUCGGUUAUCGCAGCCUCGGCAGCAGCCUCGGCAGGCGCCUUGGCGUCAGGCUCGGGAUCAGGCCCGGGCGCAGGUUUGGCUGCUGGUGAUGCUGCUAGUACUGGAACGGUAGGAGGGCAGCAGCAGCAGCUACAGCAACAACAGCAGAAACAGCAGCAGCAGCAGCAGCAGCAGCAGCAGCAGCAGCAGCAGCAGCAGCAGCAGCAGCAGCAGCAGCAGCAGCAGCAGCAGCAGGCAGGACUUCCUCUGGGCCUGUUGCAACAGCUACAGGCACAAAUGCAGGCACAAGCACGGAUCAAGGCACAAGUACAGGCCCAGGCACAAACACAGACACAAUCACAGCAACAGGCACAGAUACCCACACUGCAGCAGCAGCAGCAGCAGCAACUUGAGGUGAAGCUCCCAAUGGGUGGGUUUGCAGGACUCUGCAGUACAGCUGCUGCUAGUGCCACUGCUGCUGCUGCUGCUGCUACUAAUACUUUUAAGAACGGAAAUGCUGGUGGUGGUAAUGCUGCCACCAAUGGCGCUACUUAUCCGCCUCAAUUCAAGGCCAAUGCAGCUCAGGUGUUCGGUCAGGUGCCCCAGGUGCCGAGUCUGCCUCAGGGUGCUGCUGCCAAGGCUGGAAGGGAGAUUAACACUGCUCUCCUGGCCUCUCUGCUCGCCUCUGCUGCCUCCCCUAAUUCUGCUGCUUCACAUGGAGUAGGUGCUUCUGGCGCAGGCGCCUCUGGUGCAGGUUUUUCUGGGGAAGCAGUGAAUGCAGCGAGGGCUCUUCAGCAGAGGCGAGCAGCGCUGCUGCUGCAGCUGGCCCAGCAGAGGCAGAUGCAGCAACUGCUGGGGACGCAGCUGCAGCAGGGGCAACAGCAGCAGGGGCAAUUGCAGCAGGGGCAACAGCAGCAGGGGCAACAGCAGCAGGGGCAACAGCAGCAGGGGCAACAGCAGCAGGGGCAACAGCGGAUGCAGCAGGGGCAGCAGCAGCAGCAAAUGCAACGGCUAUCACAGCCCCCAAUACCACCAAUACGCUCUGCUGCAGGAUCAGGACACGUGGCACCUCUGGCCACAUCUGGACGGUCCGUCUCGCAAGGGAAGGAAGAGAGAGAUGCUGUGAUGGAGGUAGCAGGGGGAUGGGGAGGGUCUGGGGGGCUUGAGGAUGUGCUAAUGAGUGCUUCUGUAAAGAGUAUAGCGAGGACCCUUAGUGCAGGCAUUAGUGCCAGUGUGAAUGGCGGAGGGACAUUUCAGCAGCAGCCGCAGCAGUGUCAGCAGUAUCAGCAGCAGCAGCAGCAGCAGCAGCAGCAGCAGCAGCAGCAAGAGCAGAACAUGGCUGCCCGAAUGAUGUCAUCAGGGAGAAAUGUGGAUCUGUUACAAAGGGAUGCAUCCGUUUCCGUGCGUGCUGGCCACAGCUACAGUGGGCAGGUGCACGUGGCAAGCGGUGAUUUCUUGGAAGGGCGAGGGAUGUGUGUGAGCCAGGCGAGUGGGAGGAGGGCCAGGAGUGCAGAAGAAGGGGGUCUUUAUGGCGGAAUGGCAACUGGCGGAAGGAGCGGUGGUAGCGGCAGUGGUGGUGGUGGUGGUGGGGAGUUUGGGAGUAUGAAAGUAAGUGAUGGGCAUUUUAGUGGUAACCCUAUGUUGCUACGGUUGCUGCAGCAGCAGCAGCAGCUCGAGCAGGUGCUGGGCCGUGGGGAAAUGAAGCAGGGGAACCAACUCCGUGCUUUUCCUUCCCAAACAUUUUGAUUUUCUUCGUUAUAUUGUCUAGUUUACAAAUAUUUGGUCGUGUACGUAUGUAGGAGUGUGUAGCGCACGCUGCACCAAUUUUAUUGGAUUGAUUUGUUCAUCUAUACAUUCCAACAGUAAGGCCGUAUUCCUGCAGCCUGAUCCCGGAAU